GGAAGAGCCUAGGGUUCAAACACAGACGGAGGCUCCACCGUGAUUUGAUAACGCCGGUUCGGAGACAAACCAUAGAAAAACCGUAAAAACGCGGCUUUAGGUCGUUUUUAGGAGGAGUGAAGUCAAAAGCAGCGGGAUGGACGGAGUCCACGGUGACGCGGAAAUGGCGGCGAUUUCAGCGAAGUUAGAGAAGUCUUUGUCAAUCAACACAGACGACAAGAUGGAAACAUACCACAGAUUCAUUCAAGAUGGCAAAAAUGUCGCCCGACAAGGAGAAUUGCACAAAGCAUUGGAGUUCUUCAAACUGGCUUACAGCAUUCACCAGAGUCAAAAACUGGAAAGUCGGAUAAAGAAAAUCGAAGAACUCAUUGCUGAGAAUGACUUGGAGGAGGAGGAUGAUGAGUUUGUCAACGUAAACAACAGUGGUUUAAUGCUUUUUAAAGACCUGUAUGACAAGCUCUUUGACUACCAGAGAGAUGGAGUGGCCUUCUUGUACAGUCUGUACCGAGAUGGUCGGAAAGGCGGGAUUUUGGCUGAUGACAUGGGGCUAGGCAAAACCAUCCAGGUGAUAUCAUUCCUGUCUGGUAUGUAUGACAGUGAGCUGGCUAAACACACCCUUCUGGUCAUGCCAACUUCCCUCAUCACAAACUGGACUAAGGAGUUCUCCAAAUGGACUCCUGGCAUGAGGGUCAAAGAGUUUCAUGGCAUCAGCAAAGGAGAGAGGACCAGGAAUUUGGAGAGAGUUCAGAGGAGGGGUGGUGUCAUCAUCACCACCUACACAAUGCUCUUAAACAACUGGCAGCAGCUGGCAAUGUACAAUGGCAAAGAGUUCACUUGGGACUACAUGAUCCUGGAUGAGGCUCACAAGAUAAAGAGCACAGCCACCAAAACCGCCAAAAGUGCCUAUGCCAUACCAUCAAAAAACCGAGUUCUGCUCACGGGGACUCCAGUCCAAAACAACCUGCGAGAAAUGUGGGCUCUCUUUGACUUUGCUUGUAAAGGCACUCUUCUUGGCACAGCGAAAACAUUCAAAGCUGAGUAUGAGAACCCCAUCACCCGGGCAAGGGAGAAGGACGCCACUCCAGGAGAAAAGGCUCUCGGAUCACGGAUGUCUGAGAACCUCAUGGCUAUAAUAAAGCCCUACUUCCUCCGCAGGACAAAAUCUGAAGUCCAGAAAAACAAAACAAAUGGCACGCAAUCAUGCAAAGAGGAACACUCAGGCAGCAAGAAUGACCAAGUUCUAAAUCAUGAAGCAGAUGCUGGAGCAGUGAUGCCCAAACUGACAAGAAAGAAUGACCUGAUUGUCUGGACUUACUUGAGCGCUGUUCAGGAGGACAUAUACAGGAAAUUCAUUUCGCUGGACCACAUCAGAGAGCUCCUUCUGACCACCAAAUCACCUCUAGCUGAGUUAAACAUUCUGAAAAAGCUGUGCGACCACCCAAGACUGCUUUCUGGUGCAGCCAUAGCCAAGUUAGGCUUAGAGGAAAGUGCAGCUGAAAGCCAGGAGAGUGAAGAAGCCGAGGCCAAUGCUCACAGCAUUGCUAAUGUUUCUGAUGACAUUUUAAUAUCAGAGUCUGGGAAGUUAGUCUUUCUGUUUUCACUUCUAGAAAGGCUCAGACAAGAAGGCCACCGCACACUUGUCUUUGCACAUUACAGGAAGGUGCUUGACAUCAUUGAACGCAUCCUGGGAAACAGAGGGUUCAAAGUGCUGAGGCUGGAUGGAACCAUAACCCAGAUUGCAGAGAGAGAGAGGCUCAUCUCUUUGUUCCAGACAGACAAACGGUACUCCGUCUUCCUCCUGACUACCCAGGUUGGUGGAGUUGGCAUCACCUUGACGGCAGCAAACAGGGUGGUCAUCUAUGACCCCAGCUGGAACCCUGCAACAGACGCCCAGGCUGUUGACAGGGCAUACCGCAUAGGCCAGACCGCAAAUGUCAUCAUCUACAGGCUAAUCACCUGCGGCACAGUGGAGGAGAAGAUUUAUAGGCGGCAGGUUUUCAAAGACUCGCUCAUCAGGCAGAAUACUGGGGACAAGAAGAACCCAUUUCGGUACUUUAGCAAGCAGGAGCUGAAGGAGCUCUUUACCCUGGAGGAUACCCAUUCGUCAUCCACACAGCUUCAGCUUCAGGCCCUGCACUCCAGGCAUCGACGGACAGACCCUGAAUUGGAUGAGCACAUUGCCCACCUCCAUGCUAUGGAGAUGUUUGGUAUUUCUGACCAUGACCUCAUGUUUUCCCUCGAUGUCAACCAUGACGAGGCCCUUGAGAACAAAGAAGAGCACCACUACAUCGAAGGACGCGUCCAGAAGGCUCAGGAGCUAAUGAAGGCAGAGUCUGAGCUGCAGAUGCAGCUGGCAGAGAGCAUGGUGUCCAGCACAGAACCAGCAUGGCUCAGAUACCCCAAGGAGAACAACAGCAGAGAGCAGUCCCACAAGAAGAAACCAAGAAGUCCAAAACCAAGUCCUUCAUAUCCAAAGCCUGACAACAGCUUAAACCAUUCUCUGGUUGUGGUGGAUUUGGAGCGGACUGGUUCUGAAAAGGAGGACAGUCAGGAGACUCUCAGUAAGGGAAUGAUUGAUCUUACUGCAGAUGAGAGUACAACAGAAGAGAUGCCUGUUGUAGAAGUCAGCCACAACAAUCUGAGCAAGCAGAACCUGGAUUCCCCAAAAGAUCAGUCAGUCAAACAGGAGAGAAAUUUCAUGGAGGCAACCGAUGCGAUUGAAGAGUCUUUGGUGCUGUCAGAGUCUGGUGAUAUAGAAGAUGCCUCCAUUGGGCAACCAGUGGAUGAAUCUUCAACAUCUGUAGGUGCUGCAGUAAGUGUGUAUGUUACAGCAUCCGAUGAAGACGAGCAAAAACUAACUGGAAAUUCACCCCUGAAAUGCCAUGACACUGAGAUGGACUUGUGGCCUCCUCACAUCACUCCUCCAGAAAACAAAAGACUUUCUGUCCUGCAAGCUUCCAGUUUGAGCUUCAAAGCCAACACAUCAUCCAGAGUCGGCAGCGGGAUCGAAUCUUUAAAUGGCAACUUUAAUUUACAGCUGGAGGACAGCGACAGUGAUCACGAUGUGGAGGAGGAGCAUCAGGAGGCUGACGCUGGAGAGCAGAAGCUCCUUUCUCAGCUGCAGGUGGAGGGAAGUUUCGAUGUCAAUAAAUCACUUUGUGAGUGGGUGCAGAAAGAAGCAUCGAGGCACAGCGUGAACAACGGUCACACCUUCAACUUGGAUGAAUCAGAUGAGUCCAUCGUGGCUACCAAGAAGAAAAAGACUGCAGUAAUUUAUGACAGUGAAGAGGAAGAGGAAAAUGAUGAUGACCAGCUUGGGAAUUCAUUCCAGGUUUGUGGAGCAUCAACGCCAAAAACAGCAAACUCAAUCACUACCCCCUUCCAGACAAAAAAGAGCAUCGGAGGAAACACUUCCGUGGCUUCUCGGCGGUCCUUCCUCCAUUCCAUCAUUCAGGACAUGGACAACCAGGACAUGGUGGAGGAGGAUGAAGGUGAUGAAGAUGCUCAUGAUGCUUCAGAGAUUCAUUCCGAUGAGGCCGAAGAGGAGGACAUUAUUUGUUUAACUCAUGAUGAGGUUCAAGAUGAGGAACCCAGUGGGGAGACUCUAAACUCAGAGGGGGAGGAGGAAGGGGAAGAAGAGGAGGAGGAGGAUGAAGAUGCUCAUGAUGUUUCAGAGAUUCAUUCCAAUGAGGCCGAAGAGGAGGACAUUAUUGGUUUAACUCAUGAUGAGGUUCAAGAAGAGGAACCCAGUGGGGAGACUCUAAACUCAGAGGGGGAGGAAGAAAAGGAGGGUGAUUCUGAAUCAGGAGAUGUUGUCGAUGACUCUGGAGAAGAAAGGAGCCUGGAGGAACCAUCCAGCGAUCCUGAGCUGGCUUCCAACGAGACAAUGGAUCGGUGCACCGCCGAUAUGGGUGUGAAGGAGGUCAUCGAGGACGAGAGCUAUGAUUCGCUGGUGCUACGAGGGUGGGAGUGCUACAGCAAAGCAAAGCUGGAUGAUGCCCUGGGUUUCUUCCUCAGAGCCAUCGACAUCAAACCUGGAGAUCCUGAAGUUCAGCUCAUGACCAUCCAACUGUACCGGCAGCUGAGUCAGGGAGCGAGAAGAUGAUAAAAGAAAAGGACAGUUGGGGCCGGUGAACAUGAGGUCUGUUUCACACUGAAACUGUAAAUAUUUCAAACCUCUCAGAUGUUUUCAUGAGCUCUGUAAGGUCAUGAAAACAUCUUUUGUCUGCUCUUUGAAGUUCAGGGUUUUUUUGGAGAUAACUUUGUUUUAGUAAUUCAACUAAAAUCUGUUUCACUCAAAGGUACGCACUAUCAAAGUCGGGUACCACCACAAAACAACCUGUUAGAAAGUGGUGAAUUAUAGAGAAACCUGUUAGCAGAUAAAGGUUCUUGCUGUAAAUGAACACAUGUAAGACUAAUUUAGAUGUUCCAAAAUCAAACAGUCCCUUUAAACUAAAAAGGAAAAAAAAUAAUAUACCACUUGUCAGAUUAUUAAUGUGCUCAUCUCCAGCCUUCUUCAUGUUUCGAUGGGAUGGUGGACAGACUGACAUCUUGCUUACGGAUGUGAUGGGAAGGUCACAAACAAACUCUGCUUCAACUUUGGAUUUCUGACUGUGACUCAUUGCAUCUGUUAAAACUGUGGAGUUAAAGCUCAGAGAGCGACUUACAGACAUACAGAAAUGUUUGUAAUGCUGCUGCUGAGAGUCGAGUUUAUUUCCUUGUGUUCAGCCGAGCUACUGCUGUGUGUUUGGUGAAGACAUGAGGACACACAGGAGGUGUUUUUAUUAAGCUGGUGGGACUUUCGGGGGGGUGUACUCUAUAUUCUUAUUCCUCCACUGUCAUAAAACGGUAAUUUUUAAUUCAUCUGCUAAAGAUUUUUUCUGUAACCUGCACUUGUUGUAAUGUGUUUCCAAAGUAAAAUUCAUGUUAGUAUCUGCAUUGUUUGAAUUCAUGCUGGUUAUUUUACAGUAAUUAACAGCUUCAUCUCUGAAAACAGUGAAACAGGCCCUGCUGAGUGUUUUGACUGUCACAAGGUUUCCCCGCCGUAAACUCUCCCAUAAUCUCCAAAAUGAAAUUGUGUUUUCUCCAGUCAGGCCUGAAACCACAGACUGAGCUCAGGGGUCAGCAGAGCAGGAGGCUCAUUUCCUCAAAGACUUCUUUUUACAGCCAGAGGAGGCGCCCCUGCUGGACAUUAGAGAGAAUGCAGGUUUAAGCCCUCUCUUCAGAACUGAAAGCUGCAUCCAUCUUUUAUAAACAGAUGAUCAGUAGCUCAUGUGAUCCAGCUGUGCAGAGACCAAAACAUAAACUCAGCAGGUUUUUAACUG